ACUGCCGCUUACACCGUCAGGCUCUAACAAAAGGAGGGCAGCGCAGACACCCAGCUGCCCACAGCCUGGCAUUGUCGCCAAGUACCGAGUGGCGCUAGGUGACAGGGGCACGAGUGAGGCAGGACCAAUUUUAUCUAUUCCCAACCUGCAUGUUUUCAAAGAAAGAAGAGGCAACCGAGCUGUGGGAGGACUGGAGGGAACUAGCAGCCCACUGGCGCGCCCACGGGAUGCCCAGCAUGGGGACGCAGCACGGAGACGGGCAGGGGCCGCCGCCUCCUCACCCACCCUCUCCUCAGCAGCUAGCGUUCCUUCCCAGCCUCGGCCUCGCCGCCAGCCCGGGGCUCGCAGCCGGGCGCAAGGCGGACAGCGAGGCCGAGAUUCCAGACGCCCUGGCCCGGUCGGAGCAGGACCCUGAGCCGAACUCUCCAGCCGCCAGCGCCCCAACUUACCUUCGCCGCGCUCCCGCCCCUGCAAGGCGGCCAGGCCCGGCACCAGGCUCCGGAGACCGCGAGGAGGAGCUUGGGCCCCGCGGGGCACUGCAGGCCGACGUGAAGCGGCCGCCGGGUCCUCACCGCCCGGAUCCGAGUGGACCCCAGGGGCCGAACGGGCCUAGACCGCGCGGCAACGGAGGGCUGGGCUGA